AUGUUGGAUGGUCUCAAAGUCGGCCUUCACUCAAUCGCUCUAACGGUAGUAUUCUUCAUAUUUUCAGAAUGUGCGCUCAAGAGGGUGCAUGCAGAGCGUUAUGUACCAGUUCAAAGAACUGAUACUGAUGAAUUUGGCCUAGCCGAUAAGACGGGCGCCAUAUGCCUCUUGCUGAAGUUUUCAGCAAAACUUUACAACUUGAAUUUGAAUUCAUCAAACAUUGUCACUGAGGUACCGAAAAUCAGUUCACGAGAUGUGAAAAUAAGCGGAUAUUGUGCGUUACAUGAUAGUCGAAAUCAUACGGCUAAAUUCCUGAUCAAAUGGAAAACUGAAGGCAGGCGAAAGACACUCAGACUCUAUUUUGCAACGGCAAAUGUAAAAAGUUUAGUGAAACAACUUGAAGAGUUAAGAUGGCAACUAACGAAUGUCAGCUAUACAGAAUCAUUCAACGGUCAGUCUGUCGAAUUCAACUCGUCUGCGAUUGUCAUAAGUGCACCUUUCAAACAGAAGUUCGUGUGUCGAGACAAGUUGAAUAUUACACUGCAUAAUGUUCAUUUCAAGGACUAUAUUCUCGAACUUGAACCCGAUAUUCAAGCACAACCCUACAAUGCGGCCGGAGGAAGUGGGGCGAACAUAUAUGUUUGUGAACGAACCCGGCGUCGGACACUUGCGGAGAGCUUCCAGAACAAGAUGACCGUCUUCUCGGGUGUUGUGCUGGGCGUCACUUCAGUUUCAAUGCUGGCCGGUUACAGUGUGCGAAGGCAAUUGCAUCCAACAAGACAGCAAUUAUAUCAAGCGUUUUGA